AAUAAGGGAGGGGUUGAAACCGCCGAGCCAGCCAUCAACAGCUCGGUCUCUCAAACGCACAAUGGGAUUUAGCACACAUUGAAGAUAAACACCCGACAGCUGUUUGGUCGUGUUUAAACUUUAAACACGACCAAAGAUUCAUUUACCUCAUUGUUUCCCCCAUUUGUGUGUGAGAUUCGAAACACGCUCCAAAGAGCGAGGAUGUUGGUCCCUGUGGGAAGAUAAUGAAGAGGCUGCGUGUUCUGGUGGUGUCCCUCAUUGUAGCCCUCCUUUGCUGGUACCCCAAUCAUCAUGCCUAUUGUUCAGAGCACAGCUUGUCUGACCCAGGUCAGCCUGCUGGGGACAACGACAACAAAAACAACAACCCUGAUGACCAUAAGCCUGAGCAGGACUCCAUGCAGCUCCAGGUUGAAGACUGGCCGACUCACACCUCCUUUGAUUUGGGACUAGAGGCCAAGAGAGCGGGACACCAUUUAGAUCAAGAACAGACUGUGAAUCCACAGGUAGUUGAGGAGGAGGAGGAGGAAGUAUCAAAUUCAGACACAGACUCUGAUCCUCUACUUGCUGCUCCUGAGCCAGAACCCUCCUCAGAACCCGUGAUUGAGUCAGACCUACGGACUGAAGCACAGAUCCUGGACCGGGAUGGUGACCAGGCAGUUACGGUUUCGUCCACCCUGUCAGAGCCAGUUCCAGCACAGGGCCACAUGUCCAGCGAGACCCCAGACCCCACAGAGCUCCUUGGCGAUGAAGCUGCCACAGAUCAGCGCCCCGACUCUGACCCGGCUGCACCCGCACAUGAUGCCAACGACACACCUACCUCACAGAGUGAUAGUUCGGCUCCUACAGGCGCAGUGCGGGUUGCCAGUGCAGGAGACGAGCCCCCAGCACACAGCUUUGUCUUUGCUGAGCUCUCUGACUCGCAGUGCGGGGUCAUCCCCCCCGAACUGGCAACCUGUGAAAAUUCCCCUUUCGGCAGCCCCCUCCUGAGAGAGGCUGACAAAGAGCACCAGCAGUCAGACCAGAGCCAGGAUUUGGGUCCCGAAGCAGUGGUUCAGUCCACUUCGGUCUAUGUGGAACAGCAACAGGAGGAGGAACAUGAGAAGCAGCAGGAAGAGGGACUGACUGAGGUGCAGCACGACAACAACGCCUCCUUGCAUCCGCAGCAGGUGGGGGAGGCUGGUAUCAGCAGGGAUUCGGAUCCCUCUGUUCCCAGCAAGGAUGACAUCCCAACCUUUGAUGAGUGGAAGAAACAAGUCAUGGAGGUGGAGAAGGAGAAAAGUCAGAAUCUCCACACGGCUGCCAGCGGCAUCGCCCAGCCAGUGAAAAAGGUCCAGAAAAACUUCAAGAAUAACUACGCCUCGGUAGAGUGUGGCGCAAAGAUACUCUCUGCAAACAAUGAGGCCAAGAGCACGUCGGCUAUUCUCAUGGAGAAUAUGGACCUUUACAUGCUGAAUCCCUGCAGCAACAAAAUCUGGUUUGUGAUCGAGCUCUGUGAGCCCAUUCAAGUCAAGCAGCUGGACAUUGCCAACUUUGAACUCUUCUCGUCGACGCCUAAAGACUUUGUUGUCUCCCUAAGUGACAGGUACCCCACAAACAAGUGGGUGAAGCUGGGGACGUUCCACGCCCGCGAUGAACGUAUCGUACAGAGCUUUCCACUGGAUGAACAGCUUUAUGCUAAAUAUGUGAAGAUGUUCAUCAAGUACAUUAAGGUUGAGCUGCUUUCCCACUUUGGUUCCGAACACUUCUGUCCCCUCAGUCUCUUCAGGGUGUUUGGUACCAGCAUGGUGGAGGAGUAUGAGGAGAUAGCCGAUUCCCAGUACCCUUCUGAAAGGCUGGACUACCUGGAUGAAGAUUGCGACUAUCCGCCCGGCUAUCAACCAUCAGAAGACAAGGCGUCUAAAAACCUGCUCGGCUCCGCAACAAAUGCCAUCCUCAACAUGGUCAACAACAUUGCUGCCAACGUGCUGGGCGGUAAACCUGAGCUCGAGGACCAAGCAGGGGCAGAAGGUAACGGAACAGAAGAAGUGUCGACCAACAAGGAGGAGAGCGUGGAGGUUGCGCUUGCGACGGCAGUGAAAAGCCCUCAAGACUCCACUGUUGAGAAACCUGUUGAGCCAGAAGAGCAUACGGCUCCCGAGGAUGCCGGUGUUUCUCCCACAUCUGCCUCCUCCCUCGAGCCCCAGACGGACAGACAGAUUGUUACUCUGGUGGAAGAGGAAGAUGACGAAGAGCCCCAACAGUCCACAGUCACACUGUUGGAGGAGGAGGAAGAGGAGGAGGCAGUGGAUAGGGAGAGUUUGGCGUACUGUCCUUUCUUGUCGCUGUCGUCGCUGUCGUGCUUGGCCACGCUACCUGAGCUACUCAGCCGCUGGUGCUCCGCCGUGUUGGCCGAGGAGCGACUCCGCAAACUUCACACCCAGACAUGCCCCGUUGGUAACACCCCCACCCUCACACCUCCACAUAUCCCCAUCCCCGCACCCACACCUUCACAGGAAGCCCUUCCCCUCACUGAAAAAGCCUCAGAGCCCGAGGCGCCUCUCACGGGCCAAAAUGACGAUCAGCCUUUGGGCGAGGUCCCUGUCACGCCACAUGUGGACCCCCACGCGCACACUACGCUAUCUGACUUCCAGCUGGAGCCCAGCAGGACGUCCACCCUAGACCCGGACAGCUUUUCGGACAUCCACGGUUCCCUGACUCCCACCCACCAGGACAUGCUGCUGCCUCCCAUCAAGGACGCCGCUCUAAACCCCGUCCCCACUCCGCUUCUCCAGGCCGCCCCAGUACCCGAAACGCAGCGGUUGAGUGCCACCCCACCUGCAUUGUCGGUGAGCCCCUUGCUACAGCUUCCCACACCGGAGUCAGACGCUCCGGAUGCUGCCCUCCCCACCCCUAAGGAACAGGACCUUCCGACUGUGUCACGCCCCGAAGACCUCAUCCCCCCUCCCACGGAGCAGCUGACAGUUCUCCCCUUAACGGACCCUGACGCAGUUGGCAACCUGCAGAAAAACACCCCGCAAAAACCCAACACCCCUCUAGAAGACCAUGGGGACCCUCUGGUGGGUGAACCUCACCGGGCGAUGGACACGGCGGAUGACGACCUAUUAAACGGCAACACGCACCGGGCAGCUACUGAUUUCUAUGCCGAGCUGCAGAACGCCGGGGACUACAACGGCGGCCCUGCAGGCGGCGGCGGCACAGCAGGCGCCAAUGGCGCGGCAGUGCACGGCUCCAGCCAGAAGGAGAGUGUCUUCAUGCGGCUCAACAACAGGAUCAAAGCCCUGGAGAUGAACAUGAGUCUGUCUGGCAGAUACCUGGAGGAGCUUAGCCAGAGAUACCGCAAACAGAUGGAGGAGAUGCAGAGGGCGUUCAACAAGACUGUCGUCAAACUGCAGAACACCUCGCGCAUCGCUGAAGAGCAGGACCAGAAGCAGCAGGACUCAAUCCAGGUUCUGCAGAGUCAACUGGACAACGUCACCAAACUGAUGCUCAAUCUCACCGCUACUCUCGGACAGCUUCAGAAAGAGGUAUCCGACCGUCAGAGCUACCUGGCGGUCUCUCUGGUGCUGUGCGUGUCCCUGGGCCUGCUCGUGUGCCUGCAGUGCUGCCGCAACUCCUGCGCUACCCCCAGGGCGGAUGCCGCCUCCGCCGCAGUCGCGCUGCCCAAGAGCAACCACUACCCCAGCCCCAAGAGGUGCUUCUCCUCCUACGACGACUUGAGCCUGAAGCGCAGGGUGAUGUGUCCGCUUGUGCGUUCAAAGUCCUUCCACCUGUCUUCUACAGAAGUAGGUCCAGAUGACUUGUACAUUGUAGAGCCUCUAAGAUUUUCUCCAGAGAAAAAGAAAAAACGCUGUAAAACAAAACCUUUGGACACAGUGGAAACCGUGAUGCCGUCGGCCCCUUUAGCUCCCCUCACCAACGGUGACAUCAAGUGCAACGGCUUCCACCCAUGCCUUCCCCCUCCGCUCCCCGUCCUUCCACUUUCCCCUCACCUCCCGCCACCGCUCCCUCCUCCUCCUCCUCCUCCUCCUCCCCCCACACCAUCUCCUGCUGAGGAAGCCCCACCGUUACCCCCGUACUCCUCAAGGGAGUCCCCCUCAGAGACCAGCAGCACCAGCUCGUCCACCCACUCCGAGGAGUCGUUCGCCGGGCGACUGCCGCCUCCCUCGCCCGUUUUCUCCUGCGCCGAGCUGCCCCCGGCAGCGCCCCUUCGGCCCGCUCGGCCGCCGCCCGGCCCCCCCGCCAAGUCCCGGCAGGAGAGGCGCUCCGGCAAGCGGCGGAAGUUACGGCAGACCGAGCUGGCGGAGGGGCGCGUGGCCUCGCUACCCGGCCUGCGGCAGCUCAUGAAGCGCAGCAAGGAGCUCGGCGUGGGCACAAUCAGGGUGACGGCAGUCAGCGGACAAGUCUGAAACGCUUCAUCCCAAAGAAACCCCAUUUCCCCACAUUCACGCCCGUCAAAAGACCUUUUAAAUGGUUACGUGCCUUGAUGACCCCUUUUAAUCGGUGUUCAAAACACACAAAUGUUUGCGAGGACAAGUCCAUGUGAAUCGUGCAUCCACAAAGUAUUCAAAGCAUGUGUCAUAGUGAGAGAACUGAGUUACAAAAUACAUAUUUUAUUCUUCUUUGUUUUGGGUGUGUGUGUGUGUGUGUGUCUGUCCUCUCAUCCUUUAUGGCUUGCCAUUAUGACUCCCGGGACCACCAUCUUUGUUUAAUUGAUUCCUUCCCAGCUCUUGUUAGUUUAUUCCCUCAGCAGCCUGAUGAAGAAAACGCUAACUUUCUAAUUUCCUGACUCACCUUUUAAACACUAAGUGCAGCAGCAGCAGCAUCAUACACGUGACUUUUUCUGCAAAAGCUUUUCACUUUUUUGAAAAAAUAUAGAAAUUCAUUAUUGUAAGUAAAGUGUAAGUAAAAAAAAAAAAAAAAAAAAAGUGAAACAAAUCCUAUGGGCAAAAACUGAUUUGUACAACUUUUCCUAGAAAAUGUUUUUCUUUUCAACAAUGUACGGCUCUUUCUUGAAAAUGUACGACUAUUUUCUCGACAAUACAUUUUUUCCCCCUUAAAUUUUUCUCAAAUAUAAUUUCUCAUACAUGUGACUGUCUUUCCUGUUACUGAGCCAACCUGGCUGAAAGCCCGAAAGAGUAGUUUUAUUUAUCUAUUUAUUUAUUUUUGCACACUGGCAGGCCAGUCUCAGUAGUAGAAAUAAGAACGAGAGCCAAGCAAUACUUGUACAUGCAAAUACACUCACGGGUACUGACGCAGAGCGCAUAACUCUCUUAUUUCACAUUAUUAUUAUGAAUGAAUGAAAUGGCUUGAUCACUGCUGCUGCUGCUUUCUGAUCGGUGGAAGACUGGCUUGCACUAAUUAUUCACGGCUUUUUUUUUUUGUCUGCUGUGUGCGAUGGCGUCCUGUCUAUUUGCUCAUCUUUAAAGGAUUUUCUUCAUGCAUUUUAAAGUGUUUUCUGAUAGGCUCUGAGUGGUUUAUCUUGACAGAGCCUGGGAGCCCUGACUCACCCCUCUUUUCUUAACCCACUUUUUUUUUUUUCUUUUUUUUUUAUUGCACAAUUUUCCCAACUGUGAAGGAGUUUAACAUUGUAUCAUAUGAGCUUUGUGAGUCUGCAUCUUUGUGUGUGUCCUCUUUUUUUCACUCACUGAAAGUUUGCGUGGCUUUUGUUUAAAAGGGAAACACAGGCAAAGAUGGUUGUAUGGAACACUGUUCAUGUCAAGGUAUUUGUCUUUUUAAAUCCUGUUUUUUUUUGUUUUUGUUUGUGUGUGUGUGCUCGUGAGAUUACUUUUUUUCCAUCAUGUUACAAGAGACUACUUUGAUUAAACUUAACAGUGAGACAGUGUGCACUUUUCAAUGACUCCUCGUGCCUUGUUUUGUUUUGUUUUUUUACUUUUUGAAGCUUUCAUGUUUCUGUCUCCUUCACAUUCUCUCUGUGAUUCCUCUGAAAAGCUGCACAGUAUUUUUUAUUUUAUUUUAUUUUUUGAGCAGGAGUGAGUUACUACAAAAGCUGUAGUGCCAUUAGAAACUGUGAAUUUCUAAAUAAAACCUUUUUUGUUUCAAACAG